AUGGCGGGCGUCAACGACGAGCUCACGCGCAAGCUGGCCGCGCGCGGCAUCGGGCGCGGCAACCUCGUCGACGGCGUCAAGGACGGCCUCGCCGACGGCUCCAUCCUCGUGCAGAAGCGGAACGAGAUGGAUCGCGACCACUCCCCGAACACCGGGGCCUCGCCCAAGGCGUCGCCGGUGGCGGCGCGGAGCAAGAGGAAAGGGCUGCUCGGAGGGAUCCGCAACCGGUCCAAGACAGGAUAG